AACAAAGAUUAAGGGUGUUUCAAGAACAUCCUUCACUUGAAGUAACAAAGACUUGGGUUUGGUCUCAAAGGUUACUUGCAAGGCAUAAUUAAAAAGCGUAAAGAAGCUUUUCUCUCACCUCUUUUAUAUAGCCUUUACGUACUUGAAUCUCAUCAUUAAUCUUUCUUCCAUCAGAAAAGAUUUCCCCAAAAUCAGAGAAAAGCUUAGAGAAUGAACAAAGGAAAAAGCUUCAAAGAUAUGGAGAUCAAUGUUGUUGAUAGAGAUCAUCAAGGAAAUGCUCAAGAAGAGAUCGAGAAGCCACUUCUAGAAGAAGACAAAGACUUUCCCGAUAUAGAAAGAACAACAUGGAUACAAAAAGCAAUAGGUCAAACGUUUCAAACCACAGCUCAUUUAGCUAAUCUCUUACCAACAGGAACCGUUCUUGCGUUUCAACUCUUAUCUCCAAUUUUCUCAAAUGGCGGUCAAUGCGAUGUGGUUAGCAAGAUCAUGACAUCGGUUCUAGUGGCAGUAUGUGGAUUCUCUUGUUUCAUACUUAGCUUCACGGACUCUUACAAAGACAAGAACGGUACUAUAUGCUACGGGUUUGCAACAAUCCACGGGUUUUGGAUCAUUGAUGGAUCGGCAACGCUUCCUCAAGAGUUAUCUAAGAAAUAUAAACUAAGGUUUAUAGAUUUUGCGCAUGCUUUCAUGUCGUUAUUGGUGUUUGGUGCGGUGGUUUUAUUCGAUCGGAAUACGGUGAAUUGCUUUUUUCCGGCACCGUCAGCUGAAGCGUUGGAGGUUCUCACGGCGUUGCCGGUAGGCGUGGGGGUGUUUUGUAGUAUGUUGUUUGCAACAUUUCCCACAACACGCAAUGGUAUUGGUUUUCCAGUUCCUGGUAACAAAUGAUUUUAAUAUAUUUUUAUUUAUUUGUAAUUUGAUCUAUAUGCUUAACUUGUUUGAUCAAGAUUCUUUCUUUUGAUGUUCACUUUGAAAAGACAUUACAAAAAUCAUGUAAACGUUUCUAAUAGAGAUGUAUGCAAGUAAUCAUAAUAAACUCAUAAUUUAAUGUAAA